CUCUCGCGGCGGCUGCGCUGGCAGAGGAGUCCGCGGUGGCGGCGGUGGCGGCGCUGUUCCCCGCGCGGUCCGCGGAGCGGGGUCCGGGCUGUGCGACGUCGGGCGGCAGCGGCACUGCGGCCCCGGCCCGAGCCCGACCUCGGGUCGCCUUCCCGGCCGCCCCCCGCCCACGGGCCGCCCCCAGGGCCCUGCGUCCCCUCCCCCGCUGGCGGGGCCCGGACAGAAGAUGGUGCAGAAGAAAACAGCCGAACUUCAGGGCUUUCACCGUUCGUUCAAGGGGCAGAAUCCUUUCGAACUGGCCUUCUCCCUAGACCCAGCCCACCACAGGGACGCUGACUUCAGCCUGCAGUGCGAGGCCCGCCCUGACAUGCCUGCAAGCCAACCCAUUGACAUCCCAGAUGCCAAGAAGAGAGGCCGGAAGAAGAAGCGGUGUCGUGCCACUGACAGCUUUUCAGGCAGGUUCGAAGAUGUCUACCAGCUGCAGGAGGAUGUGCUCGGGGAAGGGGCCCAUGCCCGCGUGCAGACCUGUGUCAACCUUAUCACCAACCACGAGUAUGCUGUCAAGAUCAUUGAGAAGCAGCCAGGCCACAUCCGCAGUAGGGUUUUCCGGGAGGUGGAGAUGCUGUACCAGUGCCAGGGACACAGGAAUGUUCUAGAGCUGAUCGAGUUCUUUGAGGAGGAGGACCGCUUUUACCUGGUGUUUGAGAAGAUGCGUGGUGGCUCCAUCCUGAGCCAUAUCCAUAAGCGGCGGCACUUUAAUGAGCUUGAGGCCAGUGUUGUGGUGCAGGACGUGGCCAGUGCCUUGGACUUCCUACACAACAAAGGCAUUGCCCACAGGGAUCUAAAGCCAGAGAACAUCCUCUGUGAGCACCCCAACCAGGUGUCCCCUGUUAAGAUCUGCGACUUCGACCUGGGCAGUGGCAUCAAACUCAAUGGAGACUGCUCCCCCAUCUCCACCCCAGAGCUGCUCACCCCGUGUGGCUCAGCCGAGUACAUGGCUCCGGAGGUGGUGGAGGCCUUCAGCGAGGAGGCCAGCAUCUACGACAAACGCUGUGACCUGUGGAGCCUGGGUGUCAUCCUUUAUAUCCUGCUCAGCGGCUACCCGCCUUUCGUUGGUCACUGUGGCAGCGACUGUGGCUGGGACCGUGGCGAGGCCUGUCCUGCCUGUCAGAAUAUGCUGUUUGAGAGCAUCCAGGAGGGCAAAUAUGAAUUUCCGGACAAGGACUGGGCUCACAUCUCCUUCGCCGCCAAAGACCUCAUCUCCAAGCUGCUUGUCCGUGAUGCUAAGCAGAGGCUGAGUGCUGCCCAAGUUCUGCAGCACCCCUGGGUGCAAGGGGUGAUGUGCCCUGAGAACACCUUGCCCACACCUAUGGUCCUGCAAAGGAACAGCUGUGCCAAAGACCUCACAUCCUUCGCAGCCGAGGCCAUUGCCAUGAACAGGCAGCUGGCCCAGCGUGAGGAGGAUGCUGCCGAGGAGGCUUCUGGGCAGGACCAACCCGUUGUCAUCCGUGCUACCUCACGCUGCCUGCAGCUGUCUCCACCCUCUGAGUCUAAGCUGGCCCAGCGGCGGCAGAGAGCCAGCCUGUCCACUGCCCCGGUGGUCCUCGUGGGGGACCGUGCGUGACCUCCUCAUGGUUCCCAUCUGUACAUAAGUCACCCCUUUCUCUGUCAAGUCUAAAAGGUUUUUAAGCUAUGGGCAGCUGGGACCAUGGGCUGCCCUCCCCUCUGGCUGCAUUCCCAGGAGCUAAAGUCAGCUGGGGGUGGUUUUUUAUAGGUUUUUGCUGUUGGGGUUUUUCCUCCCCCUCCCAUUCCCCUUUUUGUUUUUAUGUUUUGUUUUUUUCCUUUUAAUGUGUUAAAAAGCAAAGCAAGUGCCCGGGAGGAUACAGGAGGGUUCGUGGAGGGCGCAUGGCUGGGUAAGCGCCCACUGCACCCUGCAAUGCUCACCUGUACUGUGAAGGUCUCCGUGCCCUGCCCAGCCACCUGCACCCUGCCUAACACUUCCCCCUCCCACUUCAGUUGGCCAGUUGGCCAUCUUCCAGUGCUGGAGGGACCCACAGGGUUGCCAGCCCCAUGUACCCCUUCCCAGCCCUCAAUAUUUUCAGGGACAGGCUCCCCUCCCAGUGACAGGACAGUAGUCCCUUCUUCACCCCUAGAAUGCCCUGGUGGCUUAGGCAGGGCGAGGGAUCCCUGUCUCUGGAGGGAGGGUCUGGCAGGCAGAGUGGAUGGUGGCUCACCCACUGCCUCUGGGCCGGGGCUUGCCCAUCUGCCCUGUACUGGUAAAAUUUGACAAUCGGCACUUCCUCCCAGGCCUGUCUGAACAGUGAGCAAGCCCCUGCCCAUUGGACUAGAACUCUGACUUGACCUUAAACUGCAACUGACACAGGACACACCCACUGCCCCCUUCCACCUACUUUCCCUCCAGCAGUGACUGAAGCUGGACCAAGGGUUCACCACGAAGCCCUUGUCCCCCUGUUCCACCAAGAUGGGUGAAGACUGGACAGGUGCCCAUCCACCAAUGUGGGGUCCCAGAGUGUCCCCCCCCACCCCAGGGCACCAGAGUGCCCCUUCUCAGGGUUCAGUCUGACCAUGGCCACAUUCUGCCCCACGUUGCCCCUGAGUCUGGCAUUUGGAAAUUCUGUUGGUCCCCUUGUCCCAAAACUGGGGCCAGACUCAGCAGUCCCCAGAUUUCCCCACCCCUAAGGGCAGUGAUUUGGGUGUGCCAACCUUCAGGAAAAGGGCCACUGCUGCCUCGUCUGUCCUUGGGGCGCCCAGGGAUGAUCGAUCUACUAGAGGGUCCCCUACUUUUCCCCAGCUCCACCCAGGCCUGGUCAGCCAGCCCCUGGGCUGGGGAGACCACUGCCUGGACCUGGCCGUGAACUACUAUGCAAUAUGAUUCCCAUUUUCUACAUGCACGCGGCCCUGCUGGUCAGGGGGCGGCAGCUGGGGCACCAGCCCGCCCUGGGUCUGCUCAGGUGUCUCUGGGGCAGGGACCGAAGCACCCUGGCCUCGAACUCUGUGGCCAAGAUUGUUCGUCGCAUUUAGGAUUUUUUUUUUUUUUAAUAUCAUCUGAGUUGCUUCCCUGUUCUUGAAGAAUACUUGAAUGUCAGAGGGGCCUCGUGGGUGGAGGGGGGGCUCGGGCACCAUCUGCCCAGCCACCUCCACUGUCCCCCUCAGUCUUGUAGGAUUGUCACAGUCUGGUGGCCAGUAGGGGGGAGAGAGAUUACAUGUCUUCUCCUGGCCUCCACUGACCUGUAUCCGUGAACUGGCCUUUCCAAAGACCCCUGGAGGUGGGGGGAGCUGCCAGUCCCCUCAUUAUCACCACCCUCAGUGAUUCCAUGUUUUGCACCUGGGAAAUUCCCUGCCUUUUUUGUAUAAAAGAACAAACGGACCUUUGCCCACUGCAGGUGCCCAUGCCACCUUACUCUGGAAGGCUGAAUAACAAGCAGCUUUUGAUUCCCCCCCUCCCCGGGUGGGGCUGUCAUUUUCUCUCCUCUCCCUUUUGCCUCCAUUACAACCUGGAGGACUGGUCAGAACCUUUACUGUGAAUGAGUAGACUAUCCUGGAGCGACGCCUCAAGCCAGCUCAGGGUGCUGGGGAAGGGGCUAAUCGCUAACGAUGUUAAGAUGUUUAAAAAGACACACAACAAAAAAAAUUUUUUUAA